ACAAUUCGUAGUUUAUUUAUUUAUUUAUUUAUUUCAUUAGAACGUUUCUAUAAUUAUUGUCAAAAGUCAGUCCUUUUCUCUCUAAUAUUAUGACUAACCUAAAUAAUAAUCCUGGCACUCCUCCAAGAGGAGAAGAGUUUAAACCACGGGAACCUUAUACUCAUCGUCUAAAGAAACUUCUUGAAGAAUAUCCUGAUGGUACACAAGUUCUUCGUGAAAUUCUUCAAAAUUCUGAUGAUGCUAAGAGUAAGGUACAAACUUUCAUUCUGGACCAUAAUACGUAUCAAUCAGAAAGACUAUUGGAACCACAUUUGAAUAAAUAUAAGCAUUUCAAUUUAAAUAUCGAUAAAUAUCAAGGUCCCGCACUUUUAGCAAUAAAUGAAACUACUUUUGAAAAUAAUGAUUUUGAAUCUUUAUUGAGCUUGGCUGAUAGUAAAAAACAAGAUCAAUUUGAUAAGAUUGGAGUAAUGGGUGUCGGUUUUAACUCAAUUUAUCAUAUUACUGAUUCUCCUUCUUUCAUCACUGGUGAUAAAUAUGUUGUUCUUGAUCCUCAUGAAUGGUAUUAUAAUGGUGGCGUCAAAUUCAAUUUUAUCGAAGAAAAUUUGAUCCAAGAAUAUCCAGAUCAAUUUGCUCCUUUUACUCCCUUUGGAAUCUCGUGUAAUGAACGAUUUGAUGGCACUAUCUUUCGUUAUCCUCUUCGUGAUUCUACUUUUUCGAAUAUUUCUAAGAAGAUAUACAAAACUGAUGAAAUUUUGGAAAUGUUUCGUAAAUUUUACGAGAAUGAGAGCAUUCAUUGCUUGUUGUUUUUGAAACAUAUUGAGUGUAUUUCUUUUUAUGAAUUGAAAAAAGGAGCUAGCAAACCUGAACUAUUAUAUAAAAUUCAAUUAGAUAAUGCUAUUCAAGUUCGGAAUAAACGAUCUUCAAUAGUCGAAAAUAUUGUACCAUUAAUGGAUGAGUUAAGAUUAGGCAAACUUAACGAUAAUACUCAACUGAAAUCAUCUUAUGUUGCAUCAUUCCGUCAUCAGAAAGGAGAAGAUACUGACGGAGAAAUUAACCGAUGGCUAAUUUUAAAUUAUCUUGAUGAUUUAUUAGAAACCGAGGCACAUUUUCAGAAAAGAUUCAAUAAAAGCAUAGGAGAUCACAAAUUUAUCCCUAAUGUUGGUUUGGCUGUUCCUUUGAAUUCUUUAAAUGUUAUCGGAAGAUUAUUUUGUUUUUUACCUCUUCCUAUUGAUAUGCCUUUUAUCGUUUCCGUGCAUGGAUAUUUUGCGGUCAGUAAUAACCGACGUUCUUUAUGGUCAGCUGCAGGCAAUGAAGAUCUGGCAUUUGAUGGAUUAGCGAAUUUGAAGAUUCAAUGGAACAAAUAUUUAUUUGAAAAAGUCUUACCUAAAGCAUGGAUAGGAUUCCUUCUUGAACUAACGAAAGUUGAUGAUACUGAUAUUCAACUAAACGAUAUAUAUAGAUUCUGGCCAAGGGCCAUAAACAUGUCGGAUAGCAUAAACACUUUUUGCGAAGAUCUAUUAAAAAAUGUUGUAGAAAAUCUUAACAUUGAGGAUCGUGUGUUCAAUGGACCUUCUUUAAAUGCUAUUGGAUAUUGUUGGCUUUCGCUUUCAGAUGGCUAUUUGGAUGAAAAGUCACUCGAUAGCAAUUUACUCAAAAUAAUUGGAAAUAUUGGAUUUCCUGUGAUAUCAGUUUCUUACGAUAUAAUCCGUAUUUUACAAAGAUCUAGACAUAAUGAUAAUCUUAAACGUCUAUCCCCUGCUGUUAUUCGUGAUUAUUUAGAUUUAAAAUUCAAUCGUACUAGAUGGGAAGACGCUGCAGUAUCGAGACAAGACGUCUUACAAUUAUUUAAGUAUAUAUUAAGUGAUAGAGAUUUUAACGAAUUAGAGGGUUUCAAAAUGAUUCCACUAGCAAAUGGUACGCUUGGUACUUUAACUUUAUAUAGCGAUUCUUAUGUGUAUAUUGAUGAGAUUACAAAUUAUAGAAAUGAGCAUACCAAUAACCUCAUAAAUCAACUAAACAGUGAUAAGUUAAUCGACAAAACGAUUGAUUUUGAGUUAUAUGAAAUUUUGUACAAUAGCGCAAAAGCUAGAUGGGGUGGAUGUAAUUUAAAUAUCAAAAUUUUAGAUGAAAUUGGAGUCAGGGAUCUAAUUUUAAUAAUUAGAGACAUGAAUGAAAAUGAAGAAUUAUCAACAAACGAAAUAGAAAAUGUUAUUGAAAUUCUUAAACGGAUUGCGAAAAUUCAAAAUGAUGAUAAGAUAGAAGGAAAUAAUCUGCAAAGAUUAGAUGAAUUAUUGAUUCCAAGUACUAAUAAUAAACUUGUGGAAUUACAAGAUAUUUAUUAUGAUGAUAUGGGAGAUAGACUUGAUGAUAACGAGAAAAGCAAGUAUGAAAUUACACAUAAUUUUGUUACUCAGAACAUUGCCGAGGGAUUAGGGAUUCAAACUUUGAAAGGAAAAAUAUUCGGUAAUAAGGAUUCAGAUUGGGAGACAUACGAACAACAUGAAUCAUUGACUACCAGAAUCAAAAAUAUUCUUGAUGAUUAUUCGAUAGAUUCCUUAUUUAAAGAAUUUCUUCAAAAUGCCGAUGAUGCUGGAGCCACGGAAUUUUCAGUAUUUGUAGAUGAAAGAACCUUUCAGCACAAUUCCAAAAAUCUAUUUUCAGAUGAAAUGGUAUGUUGGCAAGGUCCUGCGAUAUGGAUUUAUAACAACGCAGAGUUUACAGAUGAUGACUUCCGGUCUUUACUCAAACUUGGUACCAGAGGAAAAUCUCGUGAUGAAAAGAAAAUCGGAAGAUUUGGAAUAGGAUUUAAUUGUGCUUUCCACGUUACGGAUUUACCUAGCUUUGUAAGUGGAAAAUACAUUGCAUUUUUAGAUCCACAUGCAAAAUUCCUUCCUGAACAAGGAUUUCCUCCCAGGAGGCCAAAAGGCGCUCGGAUUGAUUUUAUGGAAAAGAAUUUUAAGAGUUUUUACGAUCAAUGUCAUCCUUACAAAAUGUUGAAUUGUAACUUUUCAAGAGAAUUCAAAGGAACACUAUUUAGGCUUCCGCUUAGAACUUCUACUACUGGAGAUCAAAGUGAUAUUUCAAAUAAAUUUUACGAAAUUGGUGAAAUUUUGCAACUAUUUAAUGAUGUACAGGAUAUGAAUGAGAUGUUAUUUUUAAGGAACAUAGAAUCAUGUAGUUUAUUUCGCAUGGAUGACACAAAUACUAAAUUGAUCUGGCGAACAGAAAUCAAUAAUUUUGAUAGUUGUCGUCUUUCACGUCAAAAUGUUGUUGAUGAAGUACAAAUCUAUCAGUUAGAUAUUAAACGAACUAAUAUGAGAAACAAGAAAAUUUCGGAAAUAUGGCUUUUGUGCUCAGGAAGACAUAAAUUUAUAUCUGAACAAGAUCUAAGAGUAUUUUCAAAGGAAAAUCGGCUCAUGCCGAGAGGCGGAAUUGCUUCUUUACUCGCUCGAUCUUCUGAAAAAUCACUGGACGAAUUAAGAAAUGAAUCGAUAAUAAAUCCUCCCAAACUUAGAGGAGAAAUGUAUUCUUACUUGUCUCUAUCAAUAAAUACCAAUUUGGGAGUCCAUUUGAAUGGAAAUUUUUUUCUACCUAGUGCAAGAAAUGGUAUUUUGCAGUCUAAAACUGAUUUCUUACAAGGCGAUUGUAUCAAUGCAAAAUGGAAUAGAUAUAUUCUGUACGAUGUUUUACCUUAUCUUCACGUUAAAUUACUUAAUCAUGUCGUAGACAGGCACGAGAAUCGAGAAGCAAAUUUCCUUUCAUAUAUCUCAAAUAAUCUUUGGCCAAUUACGAGGAAUUCAACUAUAAGUUUGUACGAAGAUUAUUAUUUAAAUGUUAUUAAAACGCUAGGUACUGGUAACCAUAGAGUUUUCUGGACCGAAUUUAAUGGCGGACAAUUUAUUUCACUAAAAGAAGCAAAAAUUUUUGAAGAAGUAGAAGAAGCAAUAAUUGCAAAUAUAUUGGUUAGCUCAGGAGUUCCUACUGUGAAGCUUGAUAGAGAUAAAAUCGAACAACUUAAUAAAAUCGUUGAAUCCAGAGACCCUCCAAAUUUCCCGUACAUGCCUGUCAGUGGAGAGUCAGUUUGUGAAGAAUUACAAAUGGUGAUAUCUUCAAUACCUUCUUUUAAUAAUAUUAGUAAUGAUGGUAAUAUGCAAUAUAACCGUGAUUCAUUGUUCGAAUUGCUAAGUUUUAUUCUUCAAGAUAAGAAUUCUUUUGGAACUCUUACUGAUUUACCAUUAGUUCCCCUAAACAAUGGAUCGGUCGGCAAAUUUGGUGAAGUUUAUUACGUUGGUAAACAAAAACAUCUAGAUCUGUUCCCGAAUAUUGGACCAUCAAAAUUUGUCUCUACUAAAUUACCAGAAAAUCUACAGAAAAUUUUUGUUGAUGAUAAUUUUUGUGCAUGUACUAAUAUUAAAAAGUUUGAUGCUUCGGGUAUCUUAGAUCUUUUAAGAAGUGUGAUACAACCUGUUAGAGAAUUAAAAUGGGUUCCAGAUGGAAAUUCUUUACCAAAUAAAAGUUGGCUUAAAAAAAUUUGGGCAAUAUUAUAUAAAGACAUGAAAAAAGUAGAUUUUAACAAACUCUCUAAAUUUCCUCUAAUACCGGUAGUUCAACCUUCUGAUAUGCUUAUUAGGCCUGAUAAAAAUAAUCCAAUCAUAUAUAUACCUGAAAGUGGGCAUACAUUAUAUCCGUUAUAUCCGGCAUUAAUGAAGUUAAAUGUGCACAUUACUAAUAUGGUAGUUCCUGAAAAAGCUCAUGAAAAUCUCAAAAAAUGUAUUGUCGAAUGUACUCCUGUAAAUAUCAUCAAUUCUUUGGAGAAAAUUCGUUCAUCUUUAUCUUUAACUAUGAAGCAAUUAUUUGAGAUUAGUGAAAUAUUACCUGAAGAAUAUAUAUUAUUUAGAACACUUAUUAGAGAGGGAAUGGAUGCUUUUGUAGCGCAACAACAAAAUCAAAAAAAUUUUAUGGAUAUUCCUAGAUCUUUACCCAUUUGGGAAGUGAAUUUGUGCGAUGACAAGUUCUUCGAUGCCACAUCUGGAAUUCUUUUACCACACGGUUUUCCAUUUUAUUCCUUCCGUGAAAACUCAAAUGUUUACAAGCCUACCAAAAAGGAUCGUGCAUCACUUACUAAAUUAGGCGCAGCCUGUAUGAGUGGAUUAGAGUUACUCGAAGAUUUAAUACAACAAAUUAUUACAUUAUUUCCAACACCUUCUAAACAUCCAAAAUACAUCACUUUCUUGAGGGAAAUUCUAUCUGAUAAAUGGAGGAAUGAUAAAAUCGUACAAUAUCUUAUAAAAUAUCCAAUGUUCCCUAAUAAAGCACUUACUGAAUUUGUAAAAAUCAAUACUUUAUAUGACAUGAAUGUUCCAAUAUUCCGCAGAAUUUUUAAAGAUGAUAAAUUUUUACCGUCAGAAUUACAAGAUAAUGCUGUUUGUUUGGAAGCUCUGAAGAGCAUGGGUCUUAUUUGCAAAAUGAUCCCUACUGAAAUUCCCGAAACAAACGGAAAUCAACGAGAAGUGUUACUUAAUACUUUGCUGAAAAAACUUACAGAACAACAAGAUAAUGAGUAUCAUGAUGUCAUCUUUAAUGUUGGCAUGAAGAAAAUUGGUGCUAAUAGAUAUGUGCUUUCAGCUGCUUCAGAACAUUUUGAAAGGGAGUUUCAUGGCUUAAGCGAGAGAAGUGAGAUAGAAAUCAAUGUUCCAGAUGAUAUUCAACCAAUUAGUAUAGAGAUUUUACUUCGAUGGUUAUACGGACAACCUUUUGAGGUCGCAAAAACAAUUGCAACAAAUGAGAUACCUAGUUCUGCAUAUAUAUCAUUUAUUAUGAAUGUUUUAAAAGUAACUCAUAUUUAUAAAGUUGAAGAAUUCAAAAAUAUUGUAGAAACUUCUAUUAAAAAAGGUCAAUAUGUCAAUAUUCAGGAAGUUUAUUUAAUUCUAAAACUUUCAAGAGAAUGCAAUGCACAAGGAUUAAUAAAUUUCUACGAAAAUCAUAUUAAAUCAAAUAAAGGAAUUUUUAGAGAACAAUUAAGUCAAAGUGAAAAUGCAACAAAUGAAGAAAUGUUACAAAUGAUAAAUUCCAUUCUUGAAGGACAAGAAUAAUCAGUAAUUUUUUAACUAUCGUUAGAGGCUAUUAAAAAAAAAUUUUUUUUUUAUUAAGGAUAUCAAGUUU